AUGAAUUGCGGUUCAUGCUCUUCACACCAAAACGCCGAGGAUCCCAGCCAACAUGCGGGGCCAUGGACUUGGUUGUCGGAGACCUCUGAGAUCGGCCUCGGGGCUCUCUGCAGUAUUGUGACUUGGCGCUUCACUGUUCAAAACGAUUUGACACGAGGAGACAGCAGUUCACACGAGAAUCACGGUGAAAGCCGCACUGUCGACCUUCUUCACCCUUCUCCAGGCCUCAUGCUUUGUUCCUGUCUCCUUUUCGGCUGUUGCGUGUCAUCGUUUGCACAUCGGCGGCAAGACAAGGAUCCCCUCCAGUUCGCCGUUUACAUGAUUGUGCUUGCCGCGGCCGCCAUCAUCGGAUAUGGUCUUCGGGCGAGCUCGAACCUGAUAUUGCUUGGAUAUCUCCCGUGGGCGACAUGUUUAGCCAUGGCCAUCAGCAUUUCCGGACAUAACCUUCACCGGCGGUGGGUAGUCGAGACCAGGAACGCCCUGCUCGACGAAGAGAAGGUCCGACUGCUGGGCUGA